CAUUAACGUGACCACAUAACACAAGAUUUGACACAAAUAAUGGAGGAGUAGAAACCCAACAACUUUACCUUCUUCUACCAUGGCUGCUUUAUGAAUUUCAUUUCAUUCCAAAUAAGAAGAAAAAAAAAGGAAAUCUUCAAUCCUCAAAACUUUUGCUUUUUUUUUCUGCUUCUCUCUCUCUCUCUCUUUAUCUCUCUAUCUGUUCUGCAAAAGUUUUGGGGUUUUGCGGAUGAAGAAAUCAUUGCUUGGAGGUGAUGCAAAUCAGUAUCUUCUUCUAUUUGUCUCAGCUACCUUCUUCCUCACCUCAUCCGCUUGCUCCAAUGGCGAAUGCCAGGUAUUAGAAUCGUGCUCUGCAGCUACUGAUUGUGCAGCUGGUCUUUACUGUGGUAAUUGCCCUCAAUUAGGUAAAACUCAGCCUUUCUGCAUCAGAGGCCAAGCUGUUGUCCCUACCUCCAUUAUUAAUGGGUUGCCAUUCAACAAAUACACAUGGCUUGUAACCCAUAAUGCCUUUUCAAUUGUGGAUGCUCCCCUCUUGACGGGUCCUCAGAGGAUCACAUUUUACAAUCAAGAAGAUACUGUCACCAACCAAUUAAGAAAUGGCGUUAGAGGAUUGAUGUUGGAUAUGUACGACUUCGAGAACGAUAUCUGGCUCUGCCACUCAUUCCAUGGGCAGUGUUUGAAUAUUACCGCCUUUCAACCUGCAAUUAACACAUUGAGGGAAGUGGAAGCAUUCUUGAGUUUAAACCCGACUGAGAUUGUGACCAUUAUAAUAGAGGAUUAUGUGCAUACUCCUAGAGGGUUGACUAAGCUAUUUGUGGAUGCUGGGUUGGACAAGUACUUGUUUCCAGUUUCCAAGAUGCCAAGAAAGGGUGAGGAUUGGCCUACGGUGACCGAUAUGGCACAACAAAAUCAUAGGUUACUGGUUUUCACUUCUGAUUCUUCAAAGGAAGGUACCGAAGGUAUUGCUUACCAGUGGAGAUACAUGGUGGAAAAUGAUCCUGGAGAUCCUGGAGUAGAACAAGGCUCAUGCCCCAAUCGAAAAGAAUCAAAGCCGCUUACUUCAAAAACGACAUCUCUUUUUCUUCAAAACUAUUUCCCAACUAUGCCGGUACAAGCUGAAGCUUGCAAAGAGCAUUCAGCUCCAUUGAUGGAUUUGGUUGGCACCUGCUACAAGGCAGCUGGGAAUGUGAUGCCCAACUUCUUGGCUGUGAAUUUCUACAUGAGAAGUGAUGGAGGAGGUGUAUUUGAUGCUUUGGAUAGAAUGAAUGGCCCAAGUUUGUGUGGGUGUGUUUCAGUUACUGCUUGCCAGACCGGGGCAUCAUUUGGAGCUUGUAGAAACAAUGCAGUAUCUAAUUCCACGUCGCCAAGGGGUCCUUCAGGAAGUUUUUCAGGAACUGUCCAGUUGACAGGAUCUGCUUCGCGAAUAGAUCUUACAAGUCUGUUGGUCAUUUAUGGAUUUCAUGUUUUCCUGAUAUUAUCGGUACUUAAUUUGAACUAGAUAUAAAUAUCAUAGGUGAAGAUAAGCGCGACUUCAUUGAGGCUUGGCUCUUGUAUGUUAUAAUAUUAAGUUAAAACUUAGACUAGGUAUACUUCACGCCCACUCACACGGUGAUAGGUCAAGCAGUGGUGGCUGGAUAACGUCUCGAGCAAGUUUUUUCUAUUUGGGAGCUGUGUGUGCAAGUUUGAGAUCAAGAAUAUGGCUAAUGGUUUGAGGCAAUAUCGGCGCAUUAUUCUGGUUUUUCAAUGAGCAAGUAGGAGAGAUUGAGAUGUAGCAUUUGGGAGGUGACCUUGUUAUCAUGGUUUUCUCUGUUUUCUUGUUGGUUUUUCUUUAUUCUAAAGUGUAAUGUACCACCAUCUAACAUUGUAUUUUGCUCUUCAAAAGAAAGGGGUUCUUUCUUUUUUGCAAUUUAAUGACUUGUAUAUUAAUCAAGAUGAUAUUAGAGUAUCUCUAA